ACCUAAGCGUGUGUUCUCCACACUUCAGCAAACGUUCUCUUAUCUUCUCAUUUCAACUUACAAAAGAAAGUAAAAGAAAGACCAAAAUCACUAUGGAGUCCCACAACGUGAACAACAGCUUGAACGUAGACAUGGAGAAAGACCAAGAAAAGGUUUUCGACUUCUCCAAAAGAGCUCAGUGGCUACGAGCCGCUGUGCUCGGUGCCAACGACGGUCUUGUCUCCACGGCCUCGCUUAUGAUGGGUGUCGGUGCGGUUAAGGGAGACGUUAAAACCAUGAUGUUAUCUGGUUUUGCCGGUUUAGUCGCCGGAGCUUGUAGCAUGGCGAUCGGAGAGUUUGUCUCUGUUUACUCUCAGUACGACAUAGAGGUGGCUCAAAUGAAGAGAGAGAACGGAGGAGAGAUAGAGAAAGAAAAGCUUCCGAGCCCGAUGCAAGCGGCUGCUGCGUCUGCGUUAGCGUUUUCUCUUGGAGCGAUUGUGCCUUUAUUGGCGGCUGCGUUUGUGAAAGAGUAUAAAGUGAGGGUUGGAGUGAUUCUGGCGGCGGUGACGUUGGCUUUGGUUAUGUUUGGUUGGUUGGGAGCAGUUUUGGGGAAAGCACCGGUGGUUAAGUCAUCGGCUAGGGUUUUGAUUGGAGGAUGGUUAGCUAUGGCCGUUACGUUUGGUUUGACCAAACUGGUCGGAUCACAUGGUAUGUGAUAGUUUUUGUGUGUGUGUGUGUGUUUACAUACGUGACCGAACCCUUCUUCAUGUUUCAUGCAACCUACUUUCAGCGGUUACGUUUCUUUUUAUGUAAGAAACUUUGGAGUCUAUGGAUUCAUGGCUUGUUUCUAGAUUUAUGUAAAAAAGCCAAUAUGUUUAUAAAUCUCUCAAAUGGCGUAUUUCUUAAUAGAUAAAUGGCGCGUUGAGUUUU